AUGGGGAGGGGAAGAGUGGAGUUGAAGAGGAUAGAGAACAAGAUAAACAGGCAAGUCACGUUUGCAAAGAGGAGAAAUGGGCUUCUCAAGAAAGCCUAUGAGCUAUCUGUUCUCUGUGAUGCUGAGGUUGCCCUCAUCAUCUUCUCCAACCGUGGCAAGCUUUAUGAGUUCUGUAGCAGCACUAGGUGUGUUGCUGACAGGUACCAGAAAUGCAGUUAUGGCGCUGUGGAAGUUAGCAAACCUGCUAAAGAGCUCGAGAGCAGCUACCGUGAAUACUUGAAGCUGAAAGCAAGAUUUGAAUCACUUCAAAGGACCCAAAGAAAUCUUUUAGGGGAAGACUUGGGUCCACUGAAUACCAAAGAACUUGAGCAGCUUGAACGCCAAUUGGAUUCUUCUCUAAAGCAAGUGAGAUCCACCAAGACACAGUUCAUGCUGGAUCAGUUGGCUGACCUCCAAAACAAGGAGCAGAUGUUGGUAGAAGCAAACAGAUCCUUGACAAUGAAGCUGGAAGAAAUCAACUCAAGAAAUCACUACAGGCAGUCAUGGGAAGCUGGUGAUCAAAGUAUGCAAUAUGGUGCUCCACAGAAUUCUCACUCUCAGGGCUUCUUCCAGCCACUGGAAUGCAAUCCCACUUUGCAGAUUGGUCCCGAUUACAGGUACAAUGCUGUAGCUUCAGAUCAGAUGACUGCAACAACUCCAGCUCAACAAGUGAGUGGCUUCAUUCCAGGGUGGAUGCUUUGA